CCAUUUUUGCAGAUGGUGUGACAGAGAAGUUGUUCGGUGUUGUGUUGGAAUAACCAUUACAAACAUCUGGACCUACGAAAGACCGCGAGUCACCUGUAGUAAAGAUCAAGAUCAAGAUAAGACAAGCAAUCCAGUCAAGACAAUAACACGUAUUUCAGGCCAGCGUGUGACAGCAAUGCCGGUGUCGCAGGUGCAUGUGAGGGCCCAGCUGGAGAAUGUGACCAACCUGCAGGCACCCGGGGAUGACUUCCAGUACUGCAUCAAGACAAAGUGUGGCUCGUGCGGCGAGGUGAGCGAGCGGUGGCAGUACGUGUCAGGGGACGAGAGGGUGGACGUGCCUCACUCCCGGGGGUCCUGCAACAUGACCGUCAAGUGCAAGCUGUGUGGCCGCGUCAAUACUCUCGACGUACAGACGGACAAGAAGCAGAAGUACACAUAUGAUGAUGUCCCAAACUUCAAGGUCAUCAUCUCCUUUGAGUGCCGAGGACUGUCCGUGGUUGACUUCCAGUUUGGGAAAGGGUGGCAGUGUGAGGGAGUGGACAGCAAGACGCCCUUCACCGACCUGGACCUGGACGAGGACUGGUGUGACUAUGACGAGGAAGCAAACUGUCCUGUCGGCAUCACAGAACUGGAGUACAAGGUCACCUAACACACACACACAUUAGUUCUAACACUACUCUUACUAGUCUUUCCUUAAUCCUUCUUUGAUUCAGUAACUUGGCUGCUUCUAACUGUUCUGAAUCAUAAUUAUAUACUCCUACAAAAUCUUAUAUGCUCUUACACAAAAUCCUAUCUUGAAUUUUGAUAAGCUGGCUGCCUCUUCUCUUCCAGCUUUGUUUUCUAAAAUAAAUACAAUGUUGAGAUUC